AUGGCUGAGGCAGUCGUUGAAAUUCAAGAUAAACCAUCCUUGUCCAUCACGAGAUUCGUAUGUAUUAGUGAUAACCAUGAUAACUAUGAUUUUGUUCUCCCACCGGGUGAUAUUCUACUUCAUUCGGGUGACUUCACUCACAAUGGAACCGAAAAAGAAGUUUUAACAUUUUUAAACUGGUUGAAAACUCUUACACAAUACCGUUUGAAGAUCGUUAUUGUUGGCAAUCAUGAAUGGAAACGAUUCUAUACAAAGAAACGAUACAAAAAACUGCCACCAGCCAUCGAACAGCUAAAAACAGACAAAUCCUUGAUAUCCGAUUACGGCAUUGUCUAUCUUCAAGAAAGUUUCUUUCAAGAUCCAGUCACCGGAUGGAAAUUCUACGGAAGUGGUUGGUUAUCUGAACAUUGUAAAGAUUUGAAAGAAAUUCAUCAACAUUGGUUUAGUAUGCCAACUGAUACGGAUAUUCUUCUUACUCAUGGUCCACCUAAUGGAAUUCUAGAUAAAUCCAUGCGUGGAACCAGUAUAGGGUGCAAAGAAUUAUUUCAAUCGGUCACUACCUCAGUUAAACCUAAACUUCACGUGUUUGGUCAUGUGCAUGCGUCAUAUGGACAGAUGGAAAAUGAAGAUGAAUUCGGCAGAACUGUAUUUAUUAAUGCUUCUAUAUGUGAUAGUUAUUUUCGCACAGCUCAUCCACCGAUUGUGAUUGAUUUGAGCAAAGACGAUUAA